AAACUGCAUCUACAGGCACGGCCUGUGCAAAGCAGAACGAGAAAGAUCUCUGGAUCCUGGCAAAGGGGAGGCAUGGAUGCUUGCUGUGGUCAAAAGCCAGCGGCGGCAUUGAUGCACAGAGCUAUUUUGUGCUGCUUCAUCUGCAUUCCCAAAGAAUGAAACUGACCGGUAGAUUUACUGUUUCCCCCCCUCCCCGCCGCCUUCCUAUUCCAACAUCCUGAGUGUUUUUGCUUCAGUGUUACAGAGCAAACCCCCAAGGAAUCAUGAGGAGUAUUAACUGACGGAAACGCUAUUCAUUGCCUCGGCUUCCUCUGCUCAGCCCCGUCCAGUCCUAAGCUUUGAACCGGGGUACCCUGCUGCAAUUGAAGUCAUGGGGAUGUCUGCCGAGGACAGCAGUUCCACCCAUCCCAGAGAGGGAGAAUGGCCAGAACUGGAAAAAGCAGAGAAGCUGGCAAGAGGGGCUGCCUUAAAGUGGGCAUCUGGGGUGUUUUACCAACCAGACAAGCUGGAUAGUCUUCCGCAGUACAAGAUUCGGGAAGUGCAGCGGAACAGGUUCAUUGAAUCCCGCCUAAAGUCCACUGCUCAGUCCUACCUGGAAGGCAUGAACACGGGCCUGGAGGAGCUGCAUUCUGCCCUCACUGAUGUCCAACAUGUUCAAGAAGAAUUGGGGAGCAUUCAGAAGGAUCUCACGUCAUGCCUCGAUUCAUUUCGGAGCUUACAGGAGCUACGAGAACUGGCCACGAAGCAUGACCAGCUGGAAGCAGUGGUCCAGAUGUUGCCCCAGCUUUUCUCAGUACCUCAACUCAUUUCGGAAACUUUCAAUUUCUUACAAAGCCAGAACCUCUUGAGAGCUCAUCUAGGGCUCAUGGACCUGGAGAAUUUACGGGAUAGCAUCCUAUCCCAGUUGCAUAACCGCAACCUGCUCAGCUCCUUGAAUCUGACCAGCAUUGAAUCCUACUUUGGAGGUCUCCUGGAACUGAACGAUGCCUUGGCCCAGCAUCUGUGGCACACAGUUGCCCAUGCCACAAAAUUGGUGUCAGAGGAUCCAGCCCUUUUUGUAUCAGUUGUACGGAUCAUUGAGAGAGAAGAAAGCAUAGAUGCCAACGUGCUGCUGAGGUCCCAGCCUCAUGGCUUCCUCCCACCGGGACGCCCAAAAUGUUGGAGAAGGAAAUUCUUCCAAGUCAUUCAAGACGCGGUCGUAGCUUCCUAUUUCCAGGCUGAGCCAAACAAGACUCAAGGCCAGUGGCUUAGUAGCCAUUUGGCAUCCUUGCAGAGUAGCAUCCUAACUGAAUUAUGCAUCGUGAAAGAUUUGAUGGUUCAGUGCUGCCCUCCUCAUUACAACAUCCUCACGGCCUUUGCCACCAUGUUCCACCAAGGCCUAAGCAAGCACCUGCAUCACAUUCUUGCCUGGGACCUAGACAAACAAGAGAUCUUUGCUCUGCUCCACUGGGCAAUCCAUGUCUACCCAAGUUCUGAAAUGAUGUCUCACCCACAUCUGCUUCCUGAAGUGGACGUCUCAGCCUUGGGUCCUAUGCUUCCAGCAGAUACAAUAGGCUCUCUGGAAGAGUCUUAUCUGGGGAAAGUACAGGCUAGUAUUGCAGAAUGGAUGCAGAAGGCUCUAGAAAUGGAGUUUGAGGAAUGGCUUUGUGGAAAAGAACCUGAAUCUGACUAUCAAGGCUUCUUCCAGACCAAUCUGCCUAUCAUUGCCAUGAAGAUGCUUGAUGAAAACAUUAAAGUGGUAUCGCUCAUCUCUGGGAUUUUCCAGCAGAAAGUUCUGGAAAUGGCUUUGGGAGAACUGGAGGCCUUUUUGGGCAGCCUGUACGAGAAACUGGUGGAAUUUUGCAAAGCACAUCAGCAAGAGCCCAUGGCAUCUACAUACUACACAGCAAGAUUGUUGUCCACUGUCAACAACUGCUUGGCUCUCAGCUCUUCCAUCUCAGCCUUGUGUGCCAAUGGGUUGCCAUCUGAAGAGCCUGCAAGGAUACUACCAUCUCUACACACGGCCUUAGAGAAAACUCAGAAGAAGGCAUGCCAACUUCUCCUGGAGGAGAUGCUGGCUGACUUGAAGCCAUUCUUUGCCCAGUUGCCCUCCCGCCAGUGGCUGCUGGAUGACUUUCAGCUGAUGAACAGCAUCUGCGAGGUGAUCGACAAACAUGCGGAUGGUUUCUGCAGAACUCACAAACCUAACAGCCUGUACCUGCUGUCAGAAGCUGAGCACCUGGUCAUGAGCCAGUAUGUGAAGUCCCUCUUACAGAAACGAAUGACGUGUCGAACAGCUGAGGAGAGGAGUAAGAUGUCCACAAGGAUGCUGCAGGACACCACUCAGCUGAAGGAACUCUUCUGUGCCCUGGGCUUGGAGGAGGACAAACUGUCCCUCAAAGUCAUUGCAGAUCUGCAGCAGAUCAUCAGUGUCAAGGAUCCUUCUAUGCUUGGUCUGGAAGUGCUGGGAUUCAUGACAAAAUAUCCUGAUAUCAGUGAGGACCACGUUUCCAUGUUCUUGUACUUGCGGGGCGACAUCUCCAAAGAAAUCUGCAAUCACGUGCUGGGAGUCAUGGUGAAAAAUCCUCAGGUCCUACCGGAGAAUUACGAUCCCAUUUUCAGCAAUAUCUUGGUUCCUGCUCCAGAAAUGCCCUUUUGCCUUGGCAAGUCCAAAUGUGCCUGAGAGCUCCUAUCUGUAGCCGGUGCUGGUGCUAAUGCUGAUGCUGCCAACCGUCUCACCAGCCUGUCUGAAUUCACCGCCGGGAAUUCAGUUGGUAAACUUGGCAACGUGCGGGAACUUACUGUAAGGACUUAGAUCUCUUGCAGGGGCGCAGCGACUCUUGGCUUAUGAUGCAUUUGAUCCCUCCCUCAGGCUCAGCCUGGUCAUCUCCUACAGAUGGUGAAUAAGAAUAAUGGGGACCUGACAUGGUGGUUGCCAUGGAUGACGGUAGACUAAAACUAAGCAUCUCUGGUCCUAGAAAUAGCACUUAGACUUAUAUACCGCUUUACAGGGCUUUACAGCCCUCUCUAAGUGGUUUACAGAGUCCACAUCUUGCCCCCAACAAUCUGGGUCCUCAUUUUACUGACCUCGGAAGGAUAGAAGGCUGAGUCAACCGUGAGCUGCUGAGAAUCGAACAGCUGGCAAUCGGCAGAAUUAGCUUGCAAUACUGCAUUCUAACCACUGCGCCACCAUGGCUCUUAGGACAGUACCUUCACCACUGCAUCACAUUAAUGUUUGGGCUAUGAAGCAAUCCUGGCUUAAUGUCACCUCUGAGCUUCUGUUGCUAAAUAGGGACUAGAACUAAGUCUUCUUAGUGCAUUAUCAUGCCUUAACCCCUAAAGUACAUUAGUUUUGAAUUUUGGGUCAAUAUACUGCAGAGAAGUAGCCUAGUUAAGCAAUCAUGGACUUAAAAGUUGAGAACUAAAACAGUCUAAUUUUAUCCUGAGAAACCAGACACUGAAUACACUCAUGAAUAAGCCAGAAAUUUUAGGUUUUAAAAUACUCCCAAGAUGGGCUUAUCUGCAAGCGUAGACAAUACUAGUUUUUCCCCAGCAAAGUCUUGUCACCCAGCUGCAGUCCUCAAGGCUUUUCUCUUGGAAUCUGUGGUGGAAAAAAAGGAAGGACAAAUCAAACUGAUUAAUGAAAUUGCAGGUGUGGGAUUGUGGAAAGUUUCUCCAUGAAGCAAAGAAAGAAAAA